CGUGACCUCGCCAACAUCUGUCGUCCAUCUUGCUGCCACGAGCCUUGCCUCGCCCCUAGCUUUUGAACCAGCAGCUGCAGGCCUGUUGCUUGUCCCCCUCACCGCUACCCGCCACGCUCCCGCCGCUCCAGGGCCUCUGCGACCUCUUGGACCCUCGCCGGGCAGAGCCUCAAAGCCUCUUCCUCCUUCAAGCCCUCCCAAGGACAGCAUAUCCUGUGUCUUCUGGAGCCUCUAGUUUCUUCUUCCUCUCAGCUCUUCAACACACUCUAGUCGCCCGCCAUGGACACCGAUGGCGACCACGCCGAUCAGGCGCCUCGACGGACCGCCCAGGUCGACAAUGCCAUUCGCGCAAUUCAGGAGAAGAAGCCGCUCCCCGAGAUCGACUUCACCAUUCACAUGAUGGAGGAUGGCACUCAGGUGAGCACGCUCGAGCGAGUGUGCAAAGAUGUCCAGGCGCCGGCCAUGUUCAAGCCUACGGAUGAACAGUUUUUCGAAGACGACACCAAGGAAAAGCCCGACAUCAACUUCCUCAAGCAGCACUUCUACCGCGAAGGCCGACUCACCGAGGAGCAGGCGCUGUGGAUCAUCAAAAAGGGCACCGAGCUGCUGCGUGCCGAGCCCAAUCUUCUCGAGAUGGACGCGCCCAUCACCGUCUGUGGUGAUGUCCACGGCCAGUACUACGACCUGAUGAAGCUGUUUGAGGUCGGAGGCGAUCCUGCCGAGACGCGAUACCUCUUCCUCGGCGACUACGUUGACCGUGGAUACUUUAGCAUUGAAUGUGUUCUCUAUCUGUGGUCCCUCAAGAUCCACUACCCCAAGACAUUGUGGCUUCUGCGAGGCAACCACGAGUGCCGCCAUCUGACCGACUACUUCACCUUUAAGCUGGAGUGUAAGCACAAGUACUCAGAGGCCGUGUACGAAGCCUGCAUGGAAUCAUUCUGCUGCCUUCCCCUGGCCGCUGUUAUGAACAAGCAGUUCCUGUGCAUCCACGGUGGUUUGAGUCCCGAGCUGCACACGCUCGACGACCUGAGAAGCAUUGAUCGAUUCAGAGAGCCCCCGACUCAGGGUCUCAUGUGCGACAUUCUAUGGGCCGACCCGCUCGAGGAUUUUGGACAGGAAAAGUCCAGCGAUUUCUUUUUGCAUAACCACGUGCGAGGAUGCUCGUACUUCUUCUCAUAUCACGCGGCAUGUGCAUUCCUGGAGAAGAACAACCUGCUCUCUGUCAUCCGUGCCCACGAAGCCCAGGAUGCCGGUUACCGAAUGUACCGCAAAACGCGUACGACCGGCUUCCCCAGUGUUAUGACCAUCUUCUCGGCACCAAACUACCUCGAUGUUUACAAUAACAAGGCCGCCGUCCUCAAGUACGAAAACAAUGUUAUGAAUAUUCGCCAGUUCAACUGCACGCCCCACCCAUAUUGGCUGCCCAACUUCAUGGACGUCUUCACCUGGUCGCUGCCAUUUGUGGGCGAAAAGAUCACCGAUAUGCUCAUUGCCAUUCUGAGCACGUGCUCGGAGGAGGAGCUCAAGGAAGAGACGCCAUCCUCACAAUCCCCCGGCCCCAGCUCGCCAUCUCUUGCUGGUAGCCUGGAGGAUCCCAACUCAAUCGAGUUCAAGCGCAGGGCGAUCAAGAACAAGAUUCUGGCCAUUGGCCGCAUGUCGCGUGUCUUCCAGGUUCUACGUGAAGAGUCUGAGCGCGUGACGGAGCUGAAGACUGUUUCGGGCGGAAGGCUGCCUGCCGGUACUCUGAUGCUCGGCGCCGAAGGUAUCAAGAAUGCGAUUAGCUCAUUCGAGGAUGCCAAGAAGGUCGACUUGCAGAACGAGCAUCUGCCCCCAACUCACGAGGAGGUUGUCAAGCAUCAGGAGGAGGAACGAGCGAUUGCCCUGCAAAAGGCGGCGGAAGAGGCGGACAAUGAUAAGAAACUGCACCAGCUGUCCCGGAGACUCAGCACGGAUCGCAAGAACCGAUCAUCAUGAAAGCAUUGGGGAUUUCAGCAAACUUGUGCAGCGACAAUAGGCUUUAGAAAAUUUUGGGAUACGGACUGGCAAUGCGAGCUCCAAUGUCAAGGAGCCGAUGACUUGAUGCUUCAUGUUACCCAUAUUUAUCAACCUCGUCUUUUUCCUUUUUUUGAAGUUUAUAUAUGAUUCACUAGGCUUUGGCUAGAGCAAAAAAAGAGUCAAGGGCUGGGUUUGGCGGCGGGAGGUUUAGUCGUAGGAUCGGGGAGGGCAGUGAAAGCGAUGGUCAUGAACAUUUUCAGUUACGCAUCUCUUUGGUAUAACUUCGCUUCGUUGUGCUUGUUGUCGCAUGGCAAAGACGUACGGAUCGAUGCAGGCUGCUAUGCUGUUGCGCGGAGAUGUCGAUAAUCCCAUGCCAUGCUCCAGCCAUACGCAUCUGCCUAUCUAAGCACCUAGGUAUAAUAAUUUAGUAGCAUUUCC